UCUAUAUUAAAGUGAACAAGACCACAAAAAUGAGUGAAGAAGACGUAACACGUUUCACUGCCCCAAUUAUCAUCAUUAUCGAGUUUUUACUAGCUCUGGUACUAGCUGUCUACCUGUUGUACCAGUAUGGAGACAUCAAGAGGCAAAAUCCGUUUGUUACAGUGUGUACUCUGAUCAUUUGGUUCAUGAGCUUUGUCAUCAUCUUCCUUCUUCCUGUCGACGUAUCAUCAGGUUUCUAUGAGUUGUGCCUAAGCCAUCAACAAGCUAGCUCACCUGAACCACCUGCUCAAAACACUUGCAUACAACUGACGGACAAUGAAACUAAAGGCGUCUUAACAUGUUCAAGCCUCGUAUGCCCAGCUAGUACUGACCAAAACUUCACAAUGUUUAGGCAACGCUGUGUUGACUGUUGUUUUCAGCCAUAUUCAUUUGUGUGCCCCUUACCCUUGGAGGUUAUCUGGUACAUCAUCUAUUGGCUUUUCUUCAUACUUUCAUGGAUAGUGCUGCCUCUGGAGCAGUCCUACGUGCUGGCCAGCUACUUCAGCUUCUGGAAGAAGAUAGUGAGAGCACUGAUCGAGAAUGCUAUCUUUUACGCCACCUUUCUCGUCAUAUUUGUCAUACUCUUCAUCUACCUGGUUGUCGUCGAGAAGAUUGUUGCUUUAGAGAAUCUCCCUUCCCUGCUGGCCACUGCGUCCAACACCUGGGGGCUGAUCAUCCUCACCGUAUUGCUAGGAUACGGACUAGUGGAGGUACCCAGGUCCCUGUGGAAUACGUCGAGGAGGACCUACUCCCUCAACCACUGCUACUUCAGUGCCUCCAAGCUUUACAUCGACAUGUCAGAGAGGGAGGAAAAAUUCAAGGAAGUAAUUGAGCGUGUGACUCAGGUAGCCCGUAGUGUUCACUAUAAUGACCCGUUUCGUAAGUACAUCAACGUCAUCAUCAAGAAGUUCCCUAAAGAGAUGCAAGGAGAGUUUAGCAAGGGCCACGACGAUUACGAGGACUUCAGGAGUGGAGAGGACCCUCUCACUAAGCGCUCUCUGGAGUCUCUGCUCAAGCAAAGCAUGAAGGCUGUCAGAUACUUCAACAGCACCAAGAUUCACUGGCUGGCCUUGACUGACCAAACCUUGCAGUUGGAGGACGUGGAGCUCAACGCCACUAAGAAACCACGGAUAUUUGAGUCCUCCUUGAGGAAGAAAACGGAGUCCUGGUACACCACUCCUCUUGCAACAGCAGAGUGGUACUGGAAGUUAUGGUUCCGGCCGUGGAGUUACCGAGUGGCCGCUAUCUUCCUGGCUCUGCUCUCUAUCAUGAUAAUCUGGUCGGAGGUCACCUUCAGCAUUCAGCAGGUGCAACCCUCCCUCUCCAUAUUUGCCGUGAUAGCCCACAAGUUGCAUGAGGUUGGUAACUACAUCUCAGUGGAAGUGCUCUCCAUCUGUGUUGUGGCCUACAUGAGUAUAUGCUCUUACUACACUGUGUUCAAGAUACGCAUAUUCAAUCUCUACUACCUGGCGCCCAAUCAUGCCACUGAUGAAUACUCACUCCUCUUCAGCGCAGUUCUGCUGAGUCGACUUGCCCUGCCCAUCUGUCUCAACUACCUCUACAUGAUAGCAGUGGUGGACCUGGUGGCACAUCCUGACCCUCAAUACCCUCGACCUGAGACCGCUUUCGCCUUGGCCACGGGCAACACAGACCUUAUCCCCUGGCUCACCAACUACUUCUACAUCUAUUACCCAAUAGCCAUCCUCCUGGUGUGCAUAGCCACUCUGCUCAGUUUGGGCAGCCGGCUAGCCUCACUGCUAGGCUACCAAAAGUUUAUUGGGGAAGAUGACUUUUCUAUGGAUUAUAUAGAAGAGGGCAAGACACUCAUGAAGAGAGAGCGGAGGAUCAGACAGAGGCAUCUCAGGGACUUUGGGAAGAAAAUGUCCCGUGACCAGUUGCCUGUUGACCUGCUCAGAGAGACCAGAGACAGUGAGAGAGCUCCUCAGAGAAGAAGGGAGAGCAUAGACAAAGAUGACGAUGAUUCAAAACUAGGACGAUUCCUCACUAGAGCAAAGAGUGCAGCCAGAAAGGGCAAAGAAGGGUUAGUCGCAAAGUACAAAGCAACCAAGAACCGUGCAGGGAAACAUGAGGACUCUGUCGAAUUGUUGCCUAGCAACUCGAGCUCGGAGGAGUUGCAGAGAUCGGCUCGAGUGGCAAGUAGUGUGAGGGUGGAGCGAGGGGCGGGGCAUGUGUCCAGAUCCAAUGCCCCACCCCCUAGGGACUUGUUCAAUGACUUGUGAACUAGUUUUUCAUGUCACAUAAUUAUCGAUUAUGCAAGCACUCCUGAUUAUUACUUAUGGUGAGAAUUAUUAGACAGGUGUAUUAUUUACUUGCCAGUUAUAAUUUUUAUAUCAAUGCAAUCUAUGAUUAUGAUUAAUAAUUAUUA